GUUAUCACGUGACGAAUCCCGUUGCAUUGGCAAAAAUUUCUUUCCUGUUAAGGAGGGGGACGUAAUAAUAAUGGCGGAAACAUGUGGCCAAGUGCUAUUAGGGUCGGGACUGACUGUCCUGUCCCACCCUCUUAUGUACAUUAAGGUUUUAGUACAGGUGGGACAUGAACCUCUUCCGCCUACUCUUGGCAGAAACUUGUUUGGCAGACAGGUGUAUCAGCUUCCUGGCCUCUUUGCCUAUGCCAAACACAUAAUAAAGAUCGAUGGGAAGGCAGGCCUGUUUAAAGGUCUUUCCCCCAGACUGUGUGCAGGGACCAUCGGCACUAUUGUCCACAGUAAAGUGCUGCAGAAAUGCCAGGAGAACAAACUGGAGGUCAUGAAUCCUGGCCAGAAAACAGAGGAGGGAUCUUUGCAGCAUGUAGUCAACGAGACAACAAAGGAGAUGAUAGCACGCUCCUGUGCCACAAUCGUCACACAUCCAUUCCAUGUGAUCACCCUUAGAUGCAUAGUCCAGUUUAUCGGAAGAGAAACCAAGUAUAGUGGUGUCUUUGACUCCAUUAUCACUAUCUACAGAGAAGAGGGAAUCCUCGGGUUUUUUGCUGGCCUCAUUCCACGUCUUCUUGGCGAUAUCUUCUCUCUUUGGAUCUGCAACAUGCUUGCUCACGUUAUCAACUCGUAUGCAAUAGAUGACUCAAUGAGUCAUACGAGUGAAAUGAAGAACUGCUCUCAGGCUGCUACUGGGUUUUUUGCCAGUAUGCUGACAUACCCUUUUGUGUUGGUCUCUAACCUGAUGACGGUCAAUAACUGUGGGUUGGCUGGUGGUUUACCUCCUUAUGCGGAAACUUAUAAAACCUGGGUUGACUGUUGGAGACACCUGAACCGAGAGGGAAAUUUGAGCAGAGGCAACAGUUUAUUCUUCAGGAAGGUGCCGGUGGGGAAGAUGUACGCCAUUGACCAGAAGCGAUUUUUCUGAACAGGACAUGCAACCAGCAUAAUCUAAAUAUGAAAUGGAUCGGGUGGGGAAACUCAAUCUUUUGUAUGCACCUAUCAUGAUUGGGGUUUUUUGGGGAAUCUCAUUUUCCUUUUUUUCCAUUAAUGUCACAAACUGUUGCUUUGAUUUGGAAAUGUUAUUUUAAUAUUUGUAUCAGAAAUACCUCUUUUACUAGAGGUUUAAUAUCAGAAACGCUUAGGAAAUCCUGUUAUUUAAAUUAAUAUAAAUGAUGUUGCCUCUCAUCCUGAAAAAAACAACCAGUUCUAAUCGAGCCAUUUGCUUAAUAGGAAUAGGGUCUUAAUAGGGUCUCAUAGGAAUGUUCUUGCCUCCCAGCACAUAUCUGCAUUGACUGACUCAAAGUUCUUCUUAUGCUGAAGCUGUACAUGUAGCCAUUAAAAUAAUGAGUUGUGUUGAAUGGUAGCUCUUGGGUUUUCUGUGCUGCAUGUGUGUAUGUAAGUGGCCUGUAAUGUUCAGAGUUGCCUGGUUCCUCAAUCCUGACCAGGUUUGCGUUGUGGAGAGCGAGCAUGCCAAGCUGCUGCUCUAGAGUACAUAUAGCCCACUGUUAUCAGUCGUACUGUGAGAGAGAGAUAUGUGACCGAUUUCUUUCUUUAAUUCCCCAUGUUUGACAAAUUUGGGUUGUAUUUUUAUUAACAUUUUGACUGAUCCCAAUAAAUCCAAGUAUGCCUUUUAUUGGGGUGCUUGGGUGUGUUUGUGUUUUUCACCUGCAUACCUUUGAUUGUGUGACUAUAUGCAUAUGCAGAUUGUAUCAUCUGAAAAAUAACAAAAAGUACUGUCCAAAUUGUGUGAUUGUUGUGAAGGAUCAUAAAAAUAACUUGGCUAAAGUGUGAGAUUUCAUUUAAAUAUUGUUUGUUGUAAUAUAUAAAAUGCAUACAUUACUUUUUCAGCAUUUCCACAAUUAUCUCCAUAAUUAAUCUCUAGAUUUGGUGACACACUUAAACAAUAGAAAAUACAGUGAUCUUUUUAAGCUUAAACCUAUUUUUAUCUGCGAAACACUGAUUAUGAUUAUUGGCUCUCGAUAUCUGAAAAAUAUCUGAUGUGUUUUCUGGGUCUGUGGUGGAAGAAAAAGUAUUUUUACACAAUUUGCGGUCUAAUCGUUAUUAAGAGUAAAUUAAACAUACAGGUUGAUUAUUUUCUUGGAUGAGUGGGUGGGGCUAAAAUGUUAAUUAUGCCUCAAUAGGCAAACCAGCUCAUUUUUCUGCAACCCUAAAAGUCAAAAUAAGUGUCUACCUCUGUUAAACUUCCAGGACUGCUAGAGCAUUUUUAUGGAAGUGACGGCAGAAAAAAAUGACAUUAAUAAUAAAAGAUUUGAGCUGUGACUGUA